AUGAACUACACACCGCCAGAAGACGCCGCCGUCUCUAUCAAAUCAAUUUUAUACACUCUUCUCGACGUUGAAACGGCAUUGGACAUUACUGUUGAGUCACUUUUUCAUGCUAUUGCGAACGAGUACGGCACCAUUUUAGCUGGGUUGUUGCCGGAAGUGGUGCCGCUUUUGAAGGAGAGGAUUAAAGAGAGUUCAAUUGAUAUAGACAAUGACACUGAUCAAGCGCAGGGUAUGGUUGUGCUUAUACAUCUUGCAGAAAAUGUGAAUGUUAUGGAUCUUAGUUUGUAUGAAGAUGUGAUUCUUGAUGCUUGCUGUCAGAAUAUUUCUUCCGCUGAUGAGAUAUGGCACCUUGUUGUGGAGAUGUCAGUUCUUCUUGUGACUAGUACACAGAGAAGUAACUGCAAUAGCUCGUGUUGGGAUCACAAAUGGAUGCACAUUUGUGACCUCUUUUCAGGGUCAAGAAUGCUUCUUAUGCUUCAUUAUGGUUACAAUCUUUUGGGUGACAUGAGUUUACACAGUUCUAAAUUAUGUGUUUCACCAGAAAAUUUAGCUAGGUUUGAAAGGAUAUUGAACGAGAUGCUUAGUCACUUGGAGCGGCAGCCAAGAAAUAAGGAGCCACGUCUUGCAUGGCCCAAAGAUAUUGAACCUCUUUUCGGUGGUCUUAGCCUUGUUUUAUUAGCUCAUUUUGGUCGCAUACUUCCACUUUUCUUCAAAUGGAUGCAUGCUGAUGAUGAUGAAACUUUGUCACUGGUUCUCAAGGGGCUUCAAACUACAGUAAAAUUAACGUGCAUAGGGAACUCUCCAUAUGUUGACGGAUCGGUGGAUGAACUUACCAAAUUGUACAAGGAGGCAGCAAUGAGAAGAGCUCGGGAGGAAAUCAGAACUGCCUGGAACAGGUACAAGGAUGAUCCCAACUUGAGCACUCUUGGUUCUUCAAGUGGAAGAACCGUGACUGGUUUCAACACUCAAAAUCCAUUAAAAAUAUAACAAAAUUUGUUGGGUUUGUUGAGUUCAACUAAGAGUAAUAUAUAUAUAUUGUAUAAAAGUAAGAGUUGCACCUGGAAGACACAGAAGAUGUGAGUUUGUUUGGAAGGUGAAAGGCAUGGCAACUUUAUAUCCCACGCCUAUCGUGCAUAGUUUAAUCAAUUUUUCCUUCUCU